AAAAUAAAAAAUGAUAGAAUAUUACAAGAUGACAUUAAUUGUACCAGAGAAGAUUGUAUUAAUUAUGCAAAUAAAAAUUCUACAAUAGAAAGUAAUAUUGAUAAUAUAACUGUAAAUUUACCUGGAUCUACAAUGGGCUUAAAAAUAGUAAAUGAUAUUAAUUUCAAAAUAUUAGAAGAUACAGUUUGUGAAAAUACUUUAAAAGCAAUAAAAGACAUGGGUUUUACAAAUAUGACAGAAAUACAAGCAAAAUCUAUUCCCCCUUUACUAGAAGGAAGAGAUCUUGUUGGUGCUGCAAAAACAGGAUCUGGAAAAACUUUAGCAUUUUUAAUACCAGCUAUUGAAUUAAUUUAUAAAUUAAAAUUUAUGCCUCGUAAUGGUACUGGUUGUGUAAUUAUAUCUCCAACACGAGAAUUAUCUAUGCAAACAUUUGGAGUCUUAAAAGAAUUAAUGAAAUAUCAUCAUCAUACAUAUGGUUUAUUAAUGGGAGGUGCUAAUAGACAAACAGAAGCUCAAAAACUUUCAAAAGGAAUUAAUAUUGUUGUAGCUACACCUGGUAGAUUAUUGGAUCAUUUACAAAAUACUCCAGAUUUUUUGUACAAAAAUCUUCAAUGUCUUGUUAUUGAUGAAGCUGAUCGUAUUUUAGAUAUUGGUUUUGAAGAAGAACUUAAGCAAAUUAUUAAUAUUUUACCAAAAAAAAGACAAACAAUGUUGUUCAGUGCAACACAAACUAAAAAGACAGAAAUGUUAAUGACUUUAGCUUUAAAAAAAGAACCAGUUUAUGUUGGUGUUGAUGAUGAUAAAGAAAAGGCAACAGUAGAAGGAUUAGAGCAAGGUUAUGUUGCAUGUCCCAGUGAAAAAAGAUUUUUACUUUUAUUCACUUUCUUGAAAAAAAACAGAAAGAAAAAAAUCAUGGUUUUCUUCAGUUCAUGCAUGUCAGUUAAAUAUCAUCAUGAACUUUUAAAUUACAUUGAUUUGCCAGUAUUAAGUAUACAUGGAAAACAAAAACAGACAAAAAGAACAACAACAUUUUUCCAAUUCUGUAAUGCUUCUUCUGGUAUUCUUCUCUGUACUGAUGUAGCUGCACGUGGUCUUGAUAUACCAGCUGUUGAUUGGAUUGUACAAUAUGAUCCUCCAGAUGAUCCUAAAGAAUAUAUUCAUCGUGUAGGUAGAACAGCUCGUGGAGAAGGUAGCAGUGGUCAUGCUUUACUUAUUUUAAGACCAGAAGAACUUGGCUUUCUUCGUUAUCUCAAACAAGCUAAAGUACCUGUAAAUGAAUUUGAUUUUUCAUGGAAUAAAAUUGCUGAUAUUCAAUUACAACUUGAAAAAUUGAUUUCAAAGAAUUAUUUCCUUAAUAUGUCAGCAAAAGAAGCAUUUAAAGCAUAUGUGAGAGCAUAUGAUUCUCAUCAUUUGAAACAAAUUUUUAACAUUGAAACAUUGGACUUAGCAAAAGUUGCAAAAUCUUUUGGAUUUGUUGUUCCUCCAACUGUGGAUUUAAAAGUGGGAGUUAGUAAAAAUUCACGUCCUCGAAAGAAAUUAGGUGAAGGCGGUUAUGGAUACUUCAAAAACAUGAACAAUUUAAAUUCAGAAAAACAAUUACAACGCAGUAAAACUUAUCGUUUAAUAAAUAAACAUACAAAAGAUAAUCGACAGUUUGUUAGAUAACUAUUUAUAUAAAUAUUUCUAGUAAAUUUAAUAAUUUUUAUAAAUAUUUUACGAUUUUUGUUUAUACAUUUAUUAUUAUUUAUAACAAUUUAAAAAUCAAUAACAAUUU